AUGGACACGGACAAGGUCUACAUCCUUCAAGAGGUCUCCGGCAAGGGCCUGGGCCUCGUCUCCACCACCAAGAUCCCGAAGGGCACGCGCAUCCUCUCCGAACCUGCUUUGCUUCGGGUCCCUCGUUCUACGAACAACAAGGAAGAACUGGGUAUAUCGUUGUCCCAGAAGAUAUCAGCGCUCAGCAAAGACCAACAGCAAGCUUUCUUCGCGCUCCAUAACACCUUCGAAGAUGAGACAGGCCAAGCACUCGGCAUUGUCCGCACAAACGCCCUGCCUCUCGGAUCCGACGCUUCGGUGGGGGGCAUCUUCCUCGACGCGUCGCGCAUAAACCACGCCUGUAUCCAAAACGCGCAGAAUACCUGGAACGAGGACCUCCAGCAGCUUACAAUCCAUGCGAUCCGCGACAUUAACAAGGGCGAGGAAAUCACCAUCAUGUACCUGCAGGAUCGAGCGGACCGGUCUGCACGCCAGCUCGUUUUGCAGAAGAACUUUCGCUUCACCUGCUCCUGUUCACUCUGCUCCCUUUCUGGGCCCGAGCUGCAUCUCAGCGACGCGCGGCUUGGCGAGAUGUUGCGACUGGACAAAUCUAUUGGCGAGGGCAUGCAGAUUGUCGCUUCUCCCCUCCAGGCCCUGUAUGACGUGCGCAAGUUGUUGACACUCUGCGAGGAAGAGGGCAUCGACGACGCGACCGUCCCCCGGGCUUACUACGACGCCUUCCAAAUUGCCAUCUUCAACGGUGACUUAGCGCGGGCAACUGUCUUUGCUAGACGAGCCGCCACAGCCCGGGCCAUAAUCGAGGGGGAUGACAGUUCUACCGUGCGGCGGCACCGGGAGUUGGCGCGGGAUCCAUCCCGGCACGCUUCACACGGUUAUAGUUCGCAGUGGGCAACGACGACCAACGACAUUCCUUCGGGCAUCUCGGCCGAGGCAUUCGCGGCUUGGCUGUGGAGAGAGGAGAACAAGACAGACGGUGCCGGCACUGAAACCCCCCCGCGGGCGGCGUGCGAGUAUGCCGAUCUUCGCAACGACGCCAUGUUCCCUUGCUUCUCCGCGCUGCCUUGGGAGAAUGCACUUGACCUCGACUUUCUUGAGUCCACCGACGGCUUCUCGUACCGGCCACGCAAGCAUUGGUGCUUCCUCGCUGAGAUCGUCGACAUCGAACAAUUCAUACGCCUGAAACUCGUCACAAAGGAUAAAACGGGACUUGAAGUUCCCGUCGCUUUCCACACUCCUGGGCGCGGGGACGAGCUUGAUCCUCUCUGCGUGCAAAAGGGAUUCACACUGGCCGUUCUGUAUGCGGAGCAACACGGAUUUCUCGACAUGACGGUCGGUAUCCGCCAAGAAGAUCUCGCAUCCCUGAGGAUUUUCCCCGUUGCGCUUGAUGAACUGCUCAGCCUGAGCGACAGGGUACGGCAGUGCGUUACGCAGGGGAACGGUACGAGGAGAUGUCAAGGCUGCGGUCGCAACGCAAACACGCUGAAGAAAUGCGCUCGCUGCAACUGUUCCUGGUACUGCGACAAGGUAUGCCAGACGCUAGCUUGGAAUGAGAAGGGUCAUAAGAGAGACUGCAAGCUGCUCAAGGACCCAGAGUUGAGGGCGCUGUUCCUACUUCCACAGGGCCACUUUGGAUACAUCUUGCAAAGAAAUUGA